GGUACAUGUAACGGUCAACCGCAUCGAUGAAAUAAGCGUGAGCAACUGUGCGACAUCGUGUAAAUGGCGCCAAGCAUAACGAUCGAAGCUCGAGACAACAGACAACCAUCCCAUUGACAUUCCGGGCAAUGAAGGCAAGCUCUCCGCUUCAUUCUGCUCACCUUCCACUGAUCCAAGCCCGCAACAGGUACUCCAUACCGUAGUGCUGCCUGCUAUUGCAUAGGUUGGAAGUGAAAGCGCCAACGACGACAUUAAACUCUGGCAUCACUCGAACAGGCACUCAUUUUGUUUUUUUGUGCCAAUGACAUCUUUGAAAAAAGGAAAUUCACACGGCGAGUUGGAUCCACGAAAGCAGCAAUCAACACAGAGCGCAAAGAAGCAGGAGUACAAUAACCAGAGUGACGAGAAGAAGGAAAGCGAUCCUGUUUCCAUGUAUGCCGAGUCCUCUUCUUGGGGGAAAAGUGGCAAUGACGACAGUAAAGCAGCACCAGUCUCGGCUCGUCUCUCGGACUUUGACGACGAUGAUGAAUCUUUGGAUCAUCCCGUCGUAGGCACGAAAACAUCACACGACGUUGGAAUUCCAUCGGCCAGUGGGUUGCACCAUCGUCACCAUUUUCACGCUGGCGCAAAAUCCCCUUUGCCAUUGCCAAGCAAUGUCCCAGCGUCACCCAACCGACGAAGAAGAGGCCGUGGAGCCGUCAUGGGCAAGGGCGUGGAACACCCUGCAAGCCGAAAACGAAAAUGGACCAUCAUGCAAAUUGUUCGAUCCACUCUCAUUGCUGGAGUUGUAGUUUAUUUGUGGGCCAUGAUUCGGGGAACUCAAAUACUCAUGAGAGAUGCCAAUGACGACAGUAAAAACAAUCCGAAAGAUGAGACCACAACUUCGAUUCUUUCAGGAGGACACCAUCUGAGUGAUCUCAUUUCGCUGCCUCAUCCCGCAAUGGCAGGGUACUUGAGAUCUGGGGAAACUACCAAAUCCCUGGAAGACAUGGGGCCACCGUUUGUUCACACACCGAACAGAGACGACCCCAACGUGGUUCAAUCCAGAGUCAAGCAAAGACUCUUAGAGCGACGGACUCGCACACAACAACCAUUGAAACAUCAGCAACAACCAAUUGAAGCCUCGUCCAUACUCCCCUAUGAAAUUCUCACGUCUGAUCGGCGUGACAAAGCAAAUAGCAUGCCACAACAGCAUCCUGCUAGUUCCUUGGCUAAUGCCACGCAACUUUGUGGCCAACAAACUCAACAAGCGAGACAGAACAAUCCAACAGCAUUUCUCCAUAGUGAUGCCCUCAAAAACACCGAUGCAAAAGUACUCAUCACAGGAAUUGUCAGCAAUCCAUUGGCUUUUCAUUUGGCCCUCACCCUGAAGGCGCAGUGCGGAGUCGAUGUGCUCAUUGGAGUCGAUCCAAUGUUGCCAAACACAAUUCGCAACAGACUGCAACACGUUGAACAAAUGAAGUUGUUGGCUUCGAAUGUCCCAAAGAUGGUACAUCCAGUACUGGUCCCAUUGCUUGGCCUGGACCCUAGGGUCAAAAAGGCGAAGAAGGGAGAGACCACAGAUCAACCAUCAACGCUCAAAACAACGGGAGAGAUCAAUCUGUUGAAUUUUGAACCCACUCAUAUAGUACAUCUAUCGACAGCCACCUAUCAAAAUCCAAUCUCUCAGGAUAUUGAACCCAGUCCAUUCGCGCCAAAACCGCCUCCUAAACCGUAUCAGGUUUCAGAAGACGAUUCAACCUAUGAACCAUCCCUGUUUCACAUUCGAUCCAGUCUGACGGCCAUGGAGCAAAUCAUGGCAUCUCUUGUGGGUGAUGGGGAAGCAGGAAAGAAGAGACGGCCUCAUGUGACAUAUGCCUCGGCAACAUUCAACCGCCAACGAUGGGCAACUAGUAGUAGUGACGACAAAAUCCUGUCCUAUUCCAAGCUUGCCGAUGAAGUACUGGCCGACACUUACAACUUUUUGUUUGGGGCAAGUUCGGUUGGAGUACGGUUGCCUCCCCGCUCAGUAUAUGGACCGUGGAGUCCGCAAGAUUCUGAUCUGUACAAGCUGUUUGACCGUGCCACGGACGGAACCCAUACUUCAUUCGACAAGCAUAUCAACCAACAAGAGUUCGUUUAUGUGCAGGAUGCGGUGGAAGCAAUCAUCACUGCAAUGCAGUAUCGAAGUGACGAAGCAUCAGCGUUUGAAUUGACGUCGAAUUCAGCUGCUUCGAUGUCGUCGAUGGCUUCGAUGGCAGAAACGUUCUUGACGAAAAAUGCCGCGGAUGUUCCAGCUUUUGGUUUACCGGAACAAAAACUCCAGGCGCUCGAGUGGAAACCACGCACCAAUCUUCGCGAUGGUGUCCUCAAAACUCUGGCGUGGCAUAUUGACAAAACCAACCCUUAUGGUCCGCCUAUCCACGACAAAUCAGUUUCUCGGCCGAGAACAGGCGACGAGCUGCUCAAGAAGCAUUCAGUUUCGACCUGUAGCGGCGAUGACUUGGCCUGUCACGCGGGAACCUCCUUCCUUCCUUGUGCAUCCGAAUGUUCCGUCAAGGACCAAUGUCGUCCGUCCAUCUUUGACGCUGUGCAAGAUUUGACUCGAGAAAUGACAGAGGGCUGCGAUGCAGUCCUGUACACUCAAUCAUUAGAGCGGGAUAUUGGAGAUCUACAGCUGCAAUCGCAAUUCGAAGACGACGUCGAACCGGCAAUCUGCAACUUGGCCUUUGUCGCUCAGGGAAGUCCUUUGGUCAGCGCCGUGAUUGAAAAGAUCCCGCAGGCAGAACUUGUACGGCUCGGUGUGCCCGCCACCGCGCCAGAAGAUGAAAAGAGACAAAAAUUGAAUGGUCGAUUACUCUACCGAGGCUGGAUCCUCAUUUGGGUGGACAAUUUGGUGGAACCUCUCCCCUCUUAUGAUGUAUCACUCAUGAAACUAUCCCCAGGAAGAAUGUUUUCCAAAGACGUCAUGUACGCAGUGUUUGUGGAAGAGAAUUUCACAGUGUCUCCUACCAUGGACGAUGUCCGCUUCCUCAUUAGUCAAAUGGACCGCGGUGCAACCAAACAACGGAGUGUUUAUCGAAUGAUCAAGAAGGACGAGCAAUCGAAGCCUGCCAAAGUGAGGUUUAUCGUCCCUGCACAACCCGAGAAGCGCGCUGCCAUGCUGGUGUCGCAACUGAAAUUCAAGAUAUCGGAACGAGGCAGGAUCCCUCAGGACACGAAGAUCAACAUUCUCGACGCGGUGCGAUUCAUGCGAUUCGAGAUUGGUUCAGACCCCACACGACAAAAGGAAAGUUCUGAAAUCCGGCGACAAAAGGACUUUUAUCGUCGUAUUCCGACCUUCGUCAAUGGCAAAGACCUCCGUGACAACAACGAACCCUUGUACCGUUACGAGCUCAAGCACUGGGUGAGAACGAGGUGGGUCGUUCACGACUUGACUCUGGAGGACAGUAGGCAACUUCGAUGUGACUGGUACCAAGAGCACGUCCAGUGGGCCUCCGAAGUGGACCAGCUGAGCUUCUCUGCCAUUAUGGCGAAACGCAUCAUUGAACGCCGCAUGAUCCAGAAUGAACCUGACGAUCGCUCCAAAUCAAAGGCGGAGGAUAUUGCUGAACUGAAGGACGUAACCGACCACAACGAAUGGUUUGCCAUGGCAUCAGAAUACACGGUUGAUCACGAUGGCGAUGUCCAACCUGUACGCGAUGACGAAGGCGCCGAGGACGAAGGAGGCGAAGAUGGCCCCGACAUUUCUGCGCAUGCAGAAUACUCACGCAAGAAAAAGCCGGAUGUGGGUUUGUACGCGCGAGUGAUAUCUGAUAGAAUCAUGAGUCUGUCACGGAAAGCUUGGGCUAGGUACCGAGCCGAAAUGGCUCUCCAAGCAAAGAAACGUGGUUAGAAACGAGUCAACAAUUGACAAAGUAAAGUAAUAAUAGAGACUAAACAAUUUCUG